UGGUUUCGUAUUUGUCUAUUGACUUUUUGGAUCUGUUCGAAAUACGGUGUCACUAACAUUGCUCUUUAAACAAAGAACCAAAUAGUCCACAGCUAGAAAAAAAAAUUACUCAAUUAAAAAGUACCACCCUAACUCAGAACAUAUCUGGUCAAUAUAAAUAUGUUACAUAGCACAAAGCUUUUUCAUCAAUCAUCCCAAAAGAAUACCCUUAUACUAACUUCUCUCCUUUUUUGCCCCAUGGAGCUUCAAUUGCUCUCCUUCUCAAUCCUCUCUACCUCAUUACUCUUUGUACCCUUUUUGCUAGAAUUAGUUCAAAAAUCCAAAGCCAAUAACUCAACUUCAAACCUUCCCCCUGUGCCAUGGAAGCUACCUCUCAUAGGAAAUUUGCACCAAAUAGCCAGCUCUUUACCUCACCAUGCCUUAAGAGACUUGGCCAAGAAACAUGGGCCUGUGAUGAGCCUUCAACCUGGUGAAGUUCUUGCUAUCUUUGUUUCAUCACCAGAAAUGGCAAAAGAAGUGAUGAAAACACACGACAUCAUAUUAGCUUCGAGGCCUCGCAUUAUCGCGACAAGGAUUGUGUCUUAUGACUCUACUAACCUUACCUUUGCUCCUUAUGGUCCGUACUGGAGACAACUGCGGAAAAUAUGCACAACAGAGCUUUUGAGCCGCCAACGUGUCUUGUCGUUCCAAACAAUCAGACACGAAGAAGCGCCAAAGUCGUUAGAUCCAUCGCUUUGGAUGCAGGAUCAGCCGUCAACCUUACACAGAAACGAAACUCAUUCGCAUUCGAAAUUACUUCCAGGGCUGCCUUUGGAAAGAGAUUCAAAGAUCAAGAAGCAUUCAUAUCAAUUGUGAAGGAAGCUUCAAAGCUGGCCGGCGGAUUCAAUGUUGCCGAUUUGUAUCCUAGUAUGGAAUGGCUUCAUAACGUCAAUGGACCGAGGUCCAAACUAGUGAAAAUUCAUGAAGCAGCAGAUAGGAUCAUGGGAAUCAUGGUCAAUGAACACAAAAUGCGCAGGGCUAGUGGCAAGGGAAGAGAAGAUGAUGAUCUGGUGGAUGCUCUUUUGGAAUACCAUGACUGUGGGUCAAAUGAAUUUUCCUUAACUUUCAACAACAUCAAGGCAGUUAUCCUGGACAUUUUCACUGCUGGGGGCAAGACAACGGCUGGGACUGUAGACUGGGCCAUGUCGGAAAUGAUGAAAAACCCAAGGAUCAUGCAGAAGGCACAAGAUGAAGUGAGGCAUGUUUUCGAUGGCAAAGGCAACGUCGACGAAACUGGCCCAGGAGAAUUGAAAUACUUAAACCAUACCAAAUAUAGUACAAGAAUAUGUACAAAAGGAUGA